AUAAAGACAAUGCAUUACAUUUUUAGUCGUCACUAAACCCUGAAUAUUCUUUUGAAUGAUUUGAUUUUUGAGCCCUUUUUUACCCAACAGAAGAGUUUCUGCGGUAAACGAAUAAUCCUGAAAUAUUGUACAACAGUACUGGUUCCAUACGAGUUGUUGACUGAAAAUAGAAAGUGAAAGAAGAAUGUGGAACUUUGCUGAAGAAGGCCCUUGAGGACAAGAAUCCAGGCUCUAAAGUGUCCUUGAUAGUGACCCUGCAGGCUUGUUCAGCGAGUGACUCCUGAGCCGAGGAGGGGGCUGCAGUCAGAGUGCUACAUGUCACUCAUGUGUCACCACAAAUUAGCAUGACAAAAGGGCUCUCGUCAGGCAGGGUCAGAGAGGUGUAAUUACCCUGCGCGGCGCUGGUAAAUAGUCGGAGGUGUCUGUGAGCAGGUGGCCCUGCAGCAACAGCUAGACAGCAUUACCUCAACAUGAUGGCUUGCUCCUGAAGUACGCAGCUUUGCUGGUGAUGCUCGGCGCCUCCAAGUGACUGUUGACCCGGUGGUUUCCACGCUGCCACCCUGUUUCCUCGGCCCAUCCCCCCUUCAAAGUAGGAGCAACGUCUUUCUCCUGUCGUGAAUGAGGUAUCUGACUGUACUGCACCUUCGGAGGGACCACAGGAACUGCCUUGGCCUGGCAGGUCUUGAUCAUGAAGGCGGUACGCACCGAAGACACGCUGACCGGUGCUGAAUUCCUCCGUUGGGGUGCUAGUCCGUCGUUGAGAAAGAAUUCCAGAUCUGAGGCGGUCAUGGCUUUCAUCCUGUCCCCAAAUGGCCUUCGCUCCGACGAUGAGGAAGAGAUGGCGGUGUUUGAAUCUACGGCGGCGGAAUACGGAGGUCUGGGACGACCCAGGCUUCCUGAGCUAUCGGUCAUCUCACCAGGACUGGACAUCCGUCAGGCUGCUGCAGAACCGAAGCUGGUGGUGAAACCUGCAGUGGUGCGGCGGGGCAGCGGGGACGAAGGAAACACGGAGAGGGUGAAGGUUUUCCUGCGCAUCCGUCCGCUCACCGAGGCGGAGAGAGAGAGGGGCGAAGAACAGGGCUGUGUGGCGGUCCAGGACGACCAGACUCUGCUCCUCAAAGCGCCGAAAGCCUCUCUGAACAUGAAAACGGCAGAGAAAGGCAUCUCCCAGAGCAUGCACAAGUUCAGCUUCACACAGAUCUUUGCAGCCGAGACGACGCAACAGGAGUUUUACGAGCACUCGAUGAAGUCCAUGGUCGGGGAUGUUUUGAAGGGCGAGAACCGGCUCCUGUACACAUACGGCGUCACCAACUCUGGGAAGACCUACACCAUUCAAGGAACCGGCAGAGAAGCCGGGCUUCUGCCGCGUGCCCUCGCAUCUCUCUUCCGAAAGCUGGAGGGUCGCCUCUACAGCGGCCUGGACCUCAAGCCAGUCUUGUAUCAGGACGUCCGACACCUGGAGCCCUGCGAGGUCCACAUGGAGGAAAUGCGCCGGAACUCUCUGCUCAGUGAGGACAAGAACACGACACGUAGCGGCGGGACCACAACCAUCUGGGACAGCGGGAUCGGAGGAGUCUCGUCCUCCAGUAACAUCCUGACUCAGCUGGGAGACAGCGACAGCGUGAAUCUGGAGCCCGACAGCCUCUCGCACAGCGGAGGCGACGACCUGCAGGAUGGCGUGCGCUUCUCCAUCUGGGUGUCCUUUUACGAGAUCUACAACGAGUUCCUGUACGACCUGCUGGACGCUGCUCCAUCCCAGCAGCCCAGGAAGAGAGCCACGCUGCGGCUGGGCGACGACAAGCAUGGGAACCCCUAUGUGAAGGACCUCAGCUGGAUCCAGGUCCGCAGUGCAGAAGAAGCCUGGAAGGUUCUGCGGGCUGGACAGCGCAACCAGAGCUUCGCCAGCACUCUCCUCAACCAAAACUCCAGCCGCAGCCACAGCAUCUUCUCCAUCCGCGUGCUGCACGUCCACCCGGAGGCAGACUCGGGUCAGAACAUGCACAUCAGCGAACUGACCGUGUGCGACCUCGCCGGAUCCGAGCGCUGUAAAGACCAGCGCAGUGGGGAGCGGAUGAAGGAGGCCAACAACAUCAACACCUCCCUUCUGACUCUGGGGCGCUGCAUCGCUGCUCUGAGGCAAAACCAAAAUAACAAGACUCGCCCCCCUCAGGUGGUCCCAUUCAGGGAGAGCAAGCUGACCCGGGUGCUCCAGGGCUUCUUCUGUGGCAGAGGGACCUCCAGCAUGGUGGUCAACAUCAACCCUUGUGCCUCCAUCUAUGACGAGACCCUCCAGGCCCUCAAGUUCUCCGCCAUUGCGUCUCAGCUGGUCCACGGGCCGUCAACCAAGAACAGGGUCGCCUACAUCCUGUCUCUUCUUCGGGAGCCGGCGGGGAACGCGCACAACGAGAGCACCGUGUUGGAGGAGGAUGAGGACAGUGACAUGGAAGACGGAGACGUCACCAUGUUUGACACUGAGGCCUUGCUGCGAGCCAUUGACGUCCUCAAGGGGGAGUUGCAACGUCAGCGGGUGGAGAAGGACCAGCUGGAGACCAACAUCCGAGAGCAGGUGGUCUCAGAGAUGAUGGAGAUCAUGACCACCAUGCGGGAAGGGUUCAGUGAGACGAUGGAGGUGCAGUGCAGGCUGAUCGAGGAGCGCUGUGAGGAGAAGGUCGCCAACCUGCAGAGGCAUUUGAAGAACUUCUACAGCAAUGAGCUAAAGGAGAAAGAUGAGGAGAUCGCAGCUUUGAUGGCUGAGCUGGAGAAGAAUAGGCAGCCGGUGUCACUAACUCAAAUCCAAGAGGAGACCUGCAGCCUCCGCCGGUCCAAGCGGCUGACGGUCCAGUCACAUGCCAAGCUGCAAGUUGAUUUGGACCAGUGUCUGGCCAAGCUCUCGGCCAAGACUCUCGAGGUGGAAAAACUCCAGAGGCAACUGGAAGUUCCUGCCUCAAGUCGGAACCUCACCAUGUCCGUGGACCGCAAGAUAGAGGAGGGUCAACGGAACCUGAGUCAGCUCCGAGCGGACCUUCAGAGGCUCGGCACCGACCUGCAGUCCGGAGAACGAGCAUGCUGUCGCAACACCGGAGGCGAGCGUCUGCGUCAGGCGCUGAGCUCCGCCGACGAAACUUUGGCCAAGCAGGACCAGAUCUUGUCGGAGCUCCAGAACGGUCUGACGCUCAUCAAAGCAGACCUGAGGAGAAAGGCCACGCAGGCCCCCGCCGCACUACCGCCCCUGACCACUGCAGGGUCCACGCCGGGGUCGUGCAACAAGAGGGGCUGCGCUGCCGCGCCACACUGUGACACGGAGAACCGCCCUCCAAACAAACGCCCCUUUUUCCAGUCCCUGUUUCCUUCUCGGACACCGACGCGGAAGUACAACACGCGCACUGCGGAGGAGAAUGUGACGCCGUACUCCCGGAUCCUGCGCUCACGACAGCACUCCCCCCCUCCAAGCCCCAUGAUGACACCCCGCACCCACAGGGGGAAGUAUUGACACCCCACAUUAUGUGUAAACCUUUAAUAUAUUCCUUUAUCACAUUCUUUUCUACGUUUGUUGUGAUGCGUUGGUUGUUUCUGUUAAAAAUGUAACUGAAUCAUUUUCUACAGCAGUGAUUGUGCUGUCGGUGGCAUUGAUACUUUAUUUUCAGUAUGUACAUAAAUACAAAUUUGUCUUGUUUUGAGU